AUGGCGGCCGAGGGCACCGCGCCGGCCGGCACCUUCCCCAGCCUCAUGGCCGAGGGCACGCAGCUGUGCCGGCGGGGAGAGUACGACAAGGCCCUGACCUGCUUCAAUAACGCAUUGAAGCUGAAUCCAGGAGACAACAACUGUCUAGUUGCUCGCUCAAAAUGUUACUUGAAACUUGGAGACACAGAAAACUCCCUGAAAGAUGCUGAAGCCUCUCUCCAAACUGACAAAACAUUCUCCAAGGGACUUUACCAAAAAGCUGAGACGUUAUAUAUGAUGGGUGAUUUUGAAUUUGCAUUAGUGUUCUAUCAUCGAGGCUACAGACUCCGUCCAGAGCUACAGAAGUUCAGGCUGGGCAUCGAGAAAUGCCAGGAGGCCAUCAUCAACUGUGUUGGAAGCCCAUCCUCAGUUAAACUGGAGAAUAAAAAGGAUCUGUGCUUCAUAAGCAGACAGGCAGAGAGCAGAAAAGCAAAUCAGAAUCUCCAGUUCAGACUGACCAAGGAUCAAAAACGGACAAAGAAACAGAAGCCUGUGAGGAAUCCAAAAAUGGAGAGACAGCUUCUUGGAGAGCUUUAUGCUGACAAGGCCUACCUAGAAAAAUUGCUCAAGGACAAAGAUUUGAUGGAGAGCAGCACAAAGCAGGGGAUCAAAGUAGGAGACCUGGUUUUGGGUGGCAUUUCCUACCUGGACAAACGCAGUGAAUUCUGGCAGCAGCAGAUGCCCAUCUACGCCCGUGUGAGAGAGCGCAAGCUCAGGCAGCAAUGGGGGACCAGGAACAAGAAACAGAAACCAGCAGAUGUUGGCAGAUAUAUUGAGAAGAGUGUGGAGGACAUUGAGAUGUUGCUGAGUGGUGACUCCCCUGAGGAAAGCUACAAGAAAGCCAAGCAUGUGCUAAAAAUGAUACAAGGGUGGCCAGAUGAAGAAAUUCCUGACAAGAAUAAACUGAUUGGAACUCUCCAUAGCUGCAUUGGGAAUGCUCAGUUCAAGAUGGGCCAGCUGGAGGCAGCUCUGCAAAGCCAUAAAACAGACCUGGAAAAUGCCAGGCAGAACAACCUACCAGAGGCCUUGUCCAGAGCCCUUGAGAACGUGGGCAGAGUUUACUGCCACACCGGCGAGUUCCAGCAAGCUAUUGAAGCGUGGGAGGAGAAGAUUCCAAUGACAAAAUCCAUCCAGGAGAAGACCUGGCUGUUCCAUGAGAUUGGUCGAUGUUACCUCGAGCUGAACAACGCUGAAGCAGCCCAGACUUAUGGAGAGAAAUCCCUGAGGUCAGCAGAUGAGGAGGGAGAUGUGGAGUGGCAGCUCCAUGCUACCAUACUAAUGGCACAAGCAGAAGUAAAAUUAGAGAAUUACCAGUCUGCACUCCUGAGCUUUGAGAAAGCACUUGAGAAGUCAAAGCUUCUUCACAAUGAAGCUGCUGAAAAGGCCAUCAUUACUGCCUUAAACGAUGUGAGCAAAAGCUUCGUCAAACAGCUGUUGGAAACACAAGAAGCAACAGUUUCCUCUCUAAAAGAUGAUUUCAGCAGGAAAAAUACAGAAGACAACUUGGAGAAGUACAGAGAGGAAAGUGUCCAAAGCACAAAGGAGGAAGAAGAUACCAAGGACAAUAAAGACGACCAGGGAGACAAGACAGGAGGAAAGGAGGAAGAUAAAAAGAAUGAGGGUAAAAGCGAAAAGAUAUUAAGAAUGUGGAAGAAGAAGUAGGAGCUGCUGCAGAACCACCGAGCCCGCCCCGGAGCAGCGCGACGGGUCCGAGGUGACCCGUUGUGCCGCGCUACCGGAGUCUCAAACACGAUCGUUCCUCUCACCGGCCUCCUCUUGUCUCCCGUCCGUGCGCUCCGGCCCCGCGCUACCG